ACGAUCUCAAAGCGCAUUGCUAUAACUAGACGGCGAUCCCUCUUUUUCCUUAUCAUAGAAGGCGGCGAUCGAGAGGGGGAGAUGGCGCCGAGCGGCGUGAAGAAUUUCUACCGUCAGAAGAAGAAAGGGGGCGUGGCCAAGCCCUCCUCCAAGCGGAGCAUCGCUGGGAAAUCUCCCGUCCCGUCCCCGUUCCACGGUUCUGAUGCGGAGCGCGAUAAGGCAUACCUGGCCGCAGGGAUCGGCGAGGGGGACGACGAGAAGCUGCGGCAGUUCGAUAUGGACAUGAGGUACGGCCCCGGCAUCGGGCUCAGCCGGAUGGAUCGAUGGGAGCGGGCGGACGCCAUGGGGCUGAAUCCACCCGCUGAAGUGGAGGCUAUCCUGUUGAAAUCAUCCGCUGCCGCCGCUGGAUGCCUCUGGGAUGCACGAAUCUAAAUUUAACACGUAAGUAUAAAAAAUAAUUUCCUUUUUGCGUGCGCGGAGAAGGCAUUUUGGUGAUGCUGAUUGCAGUCUCUGGCUGUUUUGGUGUUGAUUUCCCCUUCUCUUGCCUGUGUUCCUGUUGCUAUGUUUCUUAUGCUUAAGUAGGCUGGAAUCGAAGUUUCUCUGCUCGAGAACAUUGCUGA